GCACCCAAAUCCUAUGCUAUUCGUGAUUCUCGACAGAUGGUGUGGGUCCUAAGUGGAAAUUCUUUAAUAGCAGCUCCUCUUAGCCACAGCGUUAAGCCUGUCACUCUUCAUUUAAUACCCUGUAGAGACACAGAAUUCAGUGAUAAGGAAAAGGGUAAUAUGGUUUACCUGGGAAUCAAGGGAAAAGAUCUCUGUCUCUUCUGUGCAGAAAUUCAGGGCAAGCCUACUUUGUAGCUUAAGGAGAAAAAUGUCAUGGACCUGUAUAUGGAGAAGAAAGCACAGAAGCCCUUUCUCUUUUUCCACAAUAAAGAAGCCUCCACUUCUGUCUUUCAGUCAGUCUCUUACCCUGGCUGGUUCAUAGCCACCUCCUCCACAUCAGGACAGCCCAUCUUUCUCACCCAGGAGAGAGGCAUAACUAAUAACACUAACUUCUACUUAGAUUCUGUGAAAUAA